CCCGAGUCGCACCUUUGAGCACCCGGCAGAAACAAACCUAGAGGCGGAAAGCAUUACCAGCUAGUGCUAGCUUUAGGAAGCCGACAUUUGACUGAUAAACACGCUAACUAGCGAGUAAAAAGUUGUUAGUUAUUCCCCUUUAGGUGUCCCAGGGGCUUUGUCUACAAUGUUUUCUGCAGGAGAUGUUCAGAGUUGCCUCCGGAAACUGGAAACUUUGCUGCGAGUGAUUAAGUACCCUGGAGAUGUGGACUACAGUGGGCUUUCCAAAGGAGACCCCUCCACUUUUCUGCCUAUAGUGAGCUUCACCCUCACCUCCUUCUCUCCACCUUUUGCUGAGCAGCUUGUGGCAGCUGGCCUGGAAAUGACCAGCAAGACUGACCUCAGAUUCACUGACACUCUUUAUAAGGUUCUAAGAGACAUCUUCCACUAUAAGCCCAUACUGACCAAACAGCAGUUCCUCCAGUGGGGGUUCUCUCAGAGGAAGAUCUCCUUUAUCUGUGACAUCAUUAAUCUGGUCCUGCAGAGACACAAGCAGCUCAACAAGCCUAGAGUGAGAUGUCCUGCUCCACACAAUAUCAGAAAAGAAACUCAUCGGAGGCCCACUGAUGGAGAUGCUGUGUCCAAAAAGCCAUUUGUUGAAGAUCACAGAGGAAAUCCUUCUUCUUUCACAAAACCAGCCAAAGGAGAAGCUUUCUACCCAGAUAAUGUUGGCUCUACCUCUCCUACUGAAGUGUUCGCUUGUGGUUCAUCUGGAAUCCCAACACCACCAGAUGAAGAGGGGUCUGAGGAGAACAUUUUCUUUCCGUUGGAGGUAGAGGGAAGACUCUCAGCACUGGAGGCUAAUAUAGGCACUCUUAUAUCUGGGCUCAACAAGCUGAACGUUCUGGAGAAACGGCUUGACAUACUUGAGAAGUGUAAAAAUGCAGAUAAGAAUGAUGGGGAAUUUAUUAUGGUACGCAAAGAAAGUUGGGAAAACCUGACAAGUAGGGUGGUGUUACUGGAAGCUAAACUGGAGCUAAGUAAUACACGGCUUGACAAUUCAUUGCCAUCCCAGCCACUUACCUGCUUCCAGUUCUCCCUUUCAGCUGUAGAUACCUCACAGGAGGACCUAAAGGAAAGACUGGAGAGGAUUACUAACAUGAUGGAGGACACUUCUAGUCUGUUAAAGAACACAGAGUCAAGUCCCGCACCUUGCGAGUAACUUCUGACAGUGGAUCUACUUCAUAGAUCUUAAUAUAAUAGUAAAUGACUACAAUUGUAGCACACUUUUCUAUCCUGUGUAGAUCUGUGUGCAUAUGUAUGAUGCAGACAUAAUGAUCGGCUUUCUUUCUGCACUAUAUUUAGAGGUUUUGCUCAUAACUGUCACCAUAAAUGAACCAUACUUCAGAUGACUUGUUGCCAUUAAACAUUUUGUUUUUAAA